ACCUGGGCGUAUUUAUUGGUAGACAACGAAUCACCAUCAUCGUCGAAAUCAAUUGCUCCUUUUAUUUUAAAAUUGGAGCUUGUCGCCACGGUGAUCGUUGCAAGGAACAAAUUCAGGCGCACUUUGAUGACUUCUAUGAAGAUUUUUUUACAGAGUUAUGCAAAUAUGGUGAGGUUGAAGAGAUGCACGUUUGUGACAACGUUGGCGAUCACUUGAUUGGAAACGUUUACGCUAGAUUUAGAUAUGAAGAAGACGCACAAAAAGCUGUAGAUAAUCUAAAUCAAAGAUUUUAUGCUGAACUUUCACCAGUAACGGAUUUUCGAGAAGCGUGUUGUCGUCAGAAUGAGAAUGCAGAAUGUACUCGAGGAGGUUUUUGUAAUUUUAUGCAUUUGAAAGAAGUAUCUCGUUAUUUAAAAAAGGAACUAUUUGCUGCUCAACGAAAUUAUUUACGAGAACAAAGACGCGCCAAUCGAGAAAAAAGCGGUGAAGACGAAUCUCAUCGCUCAAGAAGUAUGUCUUUAGACCGUCAUAGAGAUAAAUCAAGAGAUCGAUCUCGAAGAAGCUCACGACGAAAUCGUCGAGAUGAUCGUAGGGACA